AUGGAGGCAGCAGCAGAAAGCUUUCUCUCGUCUAGCUAUUUUGCCGUGGCAGGUGCAAGCCAAUCUCCUCAUAAAUUCGGCUACCAGGUAUUGAAGUGGUACCACGCCCGCGAUUUACCCGUUCAACCCAUUACUCCCUCACGUCCGAGUAUAACCGUGUUGUCCACAACGUACUCCACGAUCCCGUCGCCUUUAGCCCUGCCAUAUCCAGUAGAAACCUCGAUUAGCAUCAUCACGCAGCCAUCGGUCACUCUCCAAGUACUCCGAGAAGCAAAAGAUGCCGGGGUGUCCUCGGUCUGGCUUCAGCCGGGCAGUUUCGACGAUGAGGGACUGGAGUAUGCUAGGAGGGAAUUCAAAGCCGGGGUUGGUGGGGAUGGGGGGGCCGUGAGUGAAGAGAAGACGGCGGAAGCUUUAGGGACCAAGUAA